AUGCAGCUUGCACUUAUGUUUCGGGGACGCGGAUCCUGCCUGUCCCAGGGGCCCUCCAGCACCAAGCCGGGGCUCCUCUGGGCGAACAGCAACACCGCCCGGGAACGGCACCGGGAUCAGCGGGAACGGCACCGGGAUCGGCACCGGGAGCAUCAGCGGGAACGGCACCGGGAUCAGCGGGAACGGCACCGGGACAGGCACCGGGAGCAUCAGCGGGAACGGCACAGGGACCGGCACCGGGAUCAGCGGGAACGGCACCGGGAUCGGCACCGGGAGCAUCAGCGGGAACGGCACCGGGAUCAGCGGGAACGGCACCGGGAUCGGCACCGGGAGCAUCAGCGGGAACGGCACAGGGACCGGCACCGGGAUCAGCGGGAUCGGCACCGGGAUCGGCACCGGGAUCGGCACCGGGAUCAGCGGGACCGGCACCGGGAUCGGCAUCGGGACAGGCACCGGGACCGGCACCGGGAGCAUCAGCGGGAACGGCACCAGGACCGGCACCGGGAUCAGCGGGAUCGGCACCGGGAUCGGCACCGGGAGCAUCAGCGGGAACGGAACCGGGACCGGCACCGGGACAGGCACCGGGAUCGGCACCGGGAUCGGCACCGGCACCAGGAACAUCACCGGGAUCGGCACCGGGAGCAUCAGCGGGAACGGCACCGGGAUCGGCACCGGGAGCAUCAGCGGGAACGGCACCGGGACCGGCACCGGGAUCGGCACCGGGACAGGCACCGGGAUCAGCGGGAACGGCACCGGGGUCAGCGGGAACAGCACCGAGACAGGCACUGGGACAGGCACCAGGAUCGGCACCGGGACCGGCACCGGAAUCAGCGGGAUCGGCACUGGGACUGGCACCAGGAUCAGCGGGAUCGGCACCGGGACAGGCACCAGUAUCGGGACCAGCACCGGGAACAUCACUGGGAUCGGCACCGGGACCGACACUGGGACAGGCACUGGGAUCACCGGGAACGGCACGGGAAUCAACGAGAUCAGUGGGGACAGGACCGGCAUCACAGGGAACAUAGCCAGGAUUGGCAUCGGGAUCAGCUCCGGGAUUGGCACUGGGACUGCACUGGGAUCUGCGGGAAGGGGACUGGCAUCACAGGGAACAUAAUCAGGAUCAGCACCAGGUCCAGCAGGAUCACUGGGAACGGGACCGGAAUCAGCGGGAACACCAGGAUCAGCGGGAACAUCACCAGGAUCAGCACUGGGAUCAGCACCGGGACCAGUGGGAUCAUCGGGAACAUUGCUGGGAUCACCGGGACCGGGAUCACCAGCAACAGCACCAGGAUCAUCGGGACCAGUGGGAUCAGCUGGAUCACCAGGACAAGGAUCAGCGGGAUCAUCGGGAGUGGCACUGGGAUCGGGGCCAUUGGGACUGCUCCGGGAUGGGCGCCCCGGCCCCGCUGCCGCCCCAGUGAGGCCGAAAGGCUGCACUCAGGAGGGCAGCAGAUGGAAUGCACAAUGGCUGAUCCACACCUAGCCAGGCAGAGGCAGCUGCAGCUGCAGAGGCAGCUGGAGGCGGUGCGGGAGCGGCAGCGGCUGGCCCUGCGCAGGAACCGCGCCCUGCAGCAGCAAUUCCUGCAGCUGCAGGCUCACAUGGACACCACGGCCUGGGACAGCAUCCGGGAGAUGGAAUGGUACGGGAGGGAAAUCAGAAAGCUGCUGUCCCUUCGAGAGGGCGGCUUGUCAGCAGGAGGUGGCAAGGAGGAAGGAUCCAGGGAGCAGGUGCUGCAGGCUGUGCCAGGAGGGCUGGGCUGGCAGCAGGAGCCCCCAUCCCCUGCAGGACUCUGUCCUGAGACUGAGAGUGAGGAGGGAGCAGCGGGACACAGGGACGUGGCUGCCAGCGAGGAAGGCUCUGAGCAGCUCAGCUCAGCCUCUGGUGGCAGAGCAGCCCCCCCGAGGCUGGAACACGUUCCAGGGGCAAAGCCUGGCCUGAGCAGGCAGGGCAGCAGUGCCAAGCUCCCAGUCCCUGCUGAGGAGGAGGAGGAGGCGAGGCCGAGCAUUCCUGACACACAGCAGGAGCAGGGCAGGGAUUCCCAGGCUCUGGAGCCCUUGGACAGCCCAACACCACACAGCCCCGAGCUCCCGGAGCUGUGCCACACGCUGCAGCUCCUGCAGGACCUGGUGGAGAGGAGCAGCCCCCAGCACCGGGCUCUGUACCAGGGCCAGCCCCAGGAGCUGCCCAGUGCUGGGGCUGUGGGGCUGGCUCAGGGUGACCUGGAGGCGAUGGAAGCCGUGGUGCUCCAGCAGCUCCGGCACGCCGUGUCCCCAAGGAGUGGGAGCCUCCCAGAGGAGCACAGCAGGGACACCGAGGCGCUGAGGACUCUCCUGGGCCACCAUGGCUUGUUCCUGAAGCAGCACCGGGUUCGGCUCCCAGAGGAGGUGGCAGAGAUGUUUGAGCAGCUGCUGGCUCCGGGAGAGGAGGGGCAGGACAGCCAGGUGCUGAGAGAGGCCCUUGCAGGAGAGCCUGGGACUGUCCAGAGUGAUGAAUCCUCUCUCAGCCUGCCAUCGAUCCCGACCAGCGGAGGGGAAGGAAAGCAGGGGGAGCUGGCACAGAAAGAACCAGGCGGGGAUCACAGCCACGACAGUCCCGAAGGGACACGUUUGGAAAGCAGCUCCGUGUCGGAUGCCAGCACUCCUCCCUCCUCCAGGACUGAAUUGCGGAAGGAGACGGUAGCUGCCAUAAAAUCCAAAGCGUUCUGGGGCGAGUCUGACGACAGCAGCUCCGAGCUCGAGGCCGCCCUGCGCCCGCAGACCCACGGCGCGGAUUCAGACGACUUCGAUGACUUCUAUGACUGAGAUUCUCCCCCUGGCUUUGGGAGGGAAGAAACCAGCUGUAUUUUCUUUGGCACAGUGAACGUGCCGCGGGCUGAAGCGCUGCUCGUCGCUUUAUUGGCAAAGAAAACACAAACACCGAAUAAACGUGCUGGGUCCUGUGCA